AUGAUACAACCAGUAGAUACUGGUCAGACCGUGACAGCAUUUAAACGGUGGAUUUCAGUACAUGGUGUACCACGUAUUCUAGAAACAGAUAACGGACCGCAAUUUGCAUCGGCAGAAUUCAAGGAAUUCACAAAAAGUUGGAACAUCGAACAUCGUACAUCGAGUCCAAGAUUUCCCCGAUCAAAUGGUCUUGCAGAAAGAGCAGUACAAGCUGUCAAGUAUUUAUUCCGUAAAUGUACGAUUGACAAAAGUGACAUUUACGAGGCGUUGCUAAAUAUACGCAAUGUACCUCGGAACAGCGUCUUCGGUUCACCAGUCCAACGUCUGUUUAGCCGGCAAACACGCACACCCAUGCCGACUACUGAAACAAUAUUAAGACCCAAGAUACAAGAGAAUGUACAAGAAGAAUUAGAGCGACACCGAAUGAUCCAGAAAAAGUACGCAGACCCACAACAUCAUCGAUCCUUAGAACCAGGUAACACAGUAAGAGUCUACCAGGAAAAUCGUAAUUGGAUCCCGGGUCAGGUGAUAACAAAACGAUCCGAACCACGAUCAUAUGACGUACAGUUGCAAUCGACGGCCUCACUACCAUCGGAACCUAUGCAGGAAGUCAGGCCACCACCACCAGAAGUAAUUCCAGACGUACCAGCUACUUCGCAACCGACAGCGGACAUCCCUCCAUCUUCUGGAACGUGCUCGAAUAGACAUCGGACAACCCGCUAUGGACGAACUAUCAAAGCUCCAGAUCGAUUAAAUUUAUAA